UAUAUAUAUAUAUAUAGAUUAGUGGUUAUUCAAUUCUGGGUUUUUGCACUAAGACCAUAAUGAUGUUCUGUGAGAUAUAUAGGCCUACACAUAAACAAAUGCACACACACGCACACACGCGCGCACACACACACACACACACACACACACACACGUGAUUGUAAUUACUGACGUCUGUGGUACACACUGUGGAAAAUCUAGGCACCUGCAGAAGUCCCUCCUCUAAGACACAUGUGAUGAAGUUGGACAAAGUCCCCUUCGCUGGAUUUCGAAAGCUUUAGAUGAAGAGGAAGCGCAGUAAAAGCUCUGUUGACCCUGGACUGGAGAGGGCAGUUGGACAGCUGUGUGUUUUUGUGGGAAGUUCAUGUCCCUUGGUGGCGGCUUUUAAAGAAGGAGCCCCCGUCUGAUGAGCCGAUGAGCCGUGUCUCUUCCUGAUGCUGUAAGUGUCCUGUCCACCUGCUGUCCUCUCUGAAUCAAAGACUGUUGGAUUACAAAUGAAUGAGUAUCCAAUAGUGUCCAACAGUGUCCAACAGUGCCUUCUGCUGGAGUUUGACGAUGCCCCUCGAUCUGUGCUUCCCAACGCCGCUAGGCUGCCGCCGUCAACCUACAGAUCCAUACAAUGAUGCGCAUGACCCUGACCAGUUCCUAACCAGUGUCCCACUCGUGUCCUGUGUAUGUCUCCUCUCCUGGCGUCCUUUGGAGGAUUGGGAUGGGGAUGUGCAUCACAUCGCUGAGUUGGACCGGGACCCCUGCCCUGUUCCUAUACCUCUGCAUGUUUCUGACCUGCCUGAUGAGCGCAGCCACGUCCAUCUCCUCUCCUGGCGUCCUCUGGAGGAUGUGGCUGCACCAGGACCAGAUGUGCCUCACGUGGCUGAGGUGGUGUCUGCACCAGGACCAGAUGUGCUUCACGUGGCUGAGGUGGUACCUGCAGUGGCACCAGAUAUGCCUCCUGUAGCCGAGACAGAGAUGGAGCCUCUUCCUCCGCCUUCUUAUAGUUCGCUGGAUCUGCCCCCUCCUUACCCAAUGGACCUUCAGCCUGCAGUGGAAGGCUUUGACCAGCAGGGGGCACCACCUUCAUAUUCAGAGGUAUUUUUCUCCCAUCACCAAUUAUAUCCUCAAUACUCGUCAGUGGCUGACCAUCCAACACCGCAAGUGGAGCUGCCCUACCCCCAAACACACCCUCUCCAGGUCACCAUUUUCUAGGGAUGCCAAUGUUGGCUGCCAUCACACCCGGGCCACUGUACAGACAAUAUAACUGGCAGCAUUGUUAAGAGCAAAUUAAGGAACCCUUUCUAUGAAGUACAGUGAAGACAAAAUGGCAUCAGGUUUCUUUGUUUUGUUUUUGGACUGUUUUUGGACUCAGUGAAAAACAAGGACAUUGGUUGACGUCCAGGAACAGCAGACGGCGGUGUUUGCGUCUUCAGCUUCCGAAAUAAAGCUGAUCUCUGGUGCAGUCAGUCUAUACAGCUAGAAUACGCUUUUAGACAUUACUGGCCGGGAUUAGAGUGCACUUUACAUUGUUUCUGUUUCUUUAAAUAUCAUACUGCUAAUUAAUAAUGUACAUUAUCUGACAUUUUCCAGCUUUAUAGAAUUGUUUCCUUUUCAAGUGAACCUUUUAGCCUUCUUCAACCGUGUCAUGAUAUAUUGGUGUCGUAGUGAAAAUAUCAUGAUGACCUGUGAAUACCUGUGAAUGCUAGUGCCCCGUGAGGAAAUAUUCUGUGUCCGUUUAUCUCCUGUGGAGGGAAAACAGGUUGCCUUGGUGUCGCCAUGACAACUCUCAUCCAGGUACCCUAUAUGCAUUUAAAUGUGAUUUUGUUAUCAUGGCAUGAUUACCAACUAAUACCAUGUCAAUUUCACAAUCAAGGUUUACAUACACUGUUAGGUUAAACAUUUAAAUAGUAUCCUUUUUUAAAAAGUAACUGUUUUGUGUUUUUGUAUAUACUGUGUUUGAGGAGACAUGGCAUUUUAUCCUGUCCUGAAAAUAGAUAGCUCUCAGUAUUAUAUUUCCAAUGUUUUUCCCCAUCUAUGCCUAGUGCAUUGGGUUUGAUGUCAGACCUGUGGGGUCUUGCAGUGGGUGUUUGUUAUUUGGUAUCUUCUUAAAGGUGGUUGUCAAAUUCA